GGCUGGACCCGGAAAUAGGGGUUGUCGGUAGCCGCCCCGGGAACAAGGACCGGAGCUGGAUCCGCGGUGCGGCUGUGGGUGAGUCCACCUGUAGGUGGAAGAGCCAGUCCAGAGAGGAGGGCCAGGCAUCCACCUGGCCUGACCCAUCACUCCAGAUCCCCAGGCCCCAGCAUCUUCCUAGCAUGGAUUUAGGAAUAAAAUUGACCUGAGAUCACUGGGGCCACUUCACCUUCCCCCACAUGGAGCUACAUUCCCAGGAUCAUCUCAGCCACUUCAGCUGACCUGGAGUCAGCAUUGGUAAUAGUGCUGUGCUGCGGAAGAGUGGAGUCUAAACUUUUUCAUUGCCAGUGCCCCGAAACUGGAGUGUGAAGGACCGAGACAAGAUGAAGACUGUGCUCAUGGUUGCCGAAAAGCCGUCCUUGGCACAGUCAAUUGCCAAAAUCCUCUCUAGAGGGAGCCUGUCCUCACACAAAGGGCUGAACGGGGCCUGCUCAGUCCACGAGUACACUGGGACCUUUGCUGGCCAGCCAGUGCGCUUCAAGAUGACGUCUGUCUGUGGUCACGUGAUGACCCUGGAUUUCCUGGGAAAAUACAACAAAUGGGACAAAGUGGACCCCGCAGAACUGUUCAGCCAAGCUCCCACGGAGAAGAAAGAAGCUAACCCCAAGCUGAACAUGGUGAAGUUCCUGCAGGUGGAGGGCAGAGGCUGCGACUACAUCGUGCUGUGGCUGGACUGCGACAAGGAGGGGGAGAACAUCUGCUUUGAGGUUCUUGAUGCUGUUCUGCCCGUCAUGAACAAGGCCCAUGGUGGCGAGAAGACCGUGUUCCGGGCCAGGUUUAGCUCCAUCACGGACACAGACAUCUGUAAUGCCAUGGCCUGCCUGGGCGAGCCUGACCACAACGAGGCGCUCUCAGUGGAUGCUCGCCAGGAGCUGGACCUGCGAAUCGGCUGUGCGUUCACCAGGUUUCAGACUAAAUAUUUCCAGGGGAAAUACGGUGAUUUAGACAGCUCUCUCAUCUCCUUUGGGCCGUGUCAGACUCCAACCCUGGGAUUCUGUGUGGAGAGACAUGAUAAAAUCCAGUCCUUCAAACCAGAGACCUACUGGGUGCUGCAGGCCAAGGUUAACACUGACAAAGACAGAUCUCUCCUUUUGGACUGGGACCGAGUAAGAGUGUUCGACCGGGAGAUCGCACAGAUGUUUUUAAACAUGACAAAGCUGGAGAAGGAAGCCCAGGUGGAGGCCACAAGCAGGAAAGAAAAGGCCAAGCAGAGGCCCCUGGCCCUGAACACUGUGGAGAUGCUGCGUGUGGCCAGCUCUUCUCUGGGCAUGGGGCCGCAGCACGCCAUGCAGACGGCUGAGCGGCUCUACACGCAAGGCUACAUCAGCUACCCACGGACAGAGACCACCCACUACCCUGAGAACUUUGACCUGAAGGGCUCUCUGCGGCAGCAGGCCAACCACCCCUACUGGGCUGACACGGUGAAGCGGUUGUUAGCAGAAGGUAUCAACCGCCCGCGGAAAGGCCAUGACGCCGGCGACCAUCCCCCCAUCACCCCCAUGAAGUCUGCCACAGAGGCUGAAUUAGGGGGUGACGCGUGGCGGCUCUAUGAGUACAUCACCAGACACUUCAUCGCCACGGUCAGCCAUGACUGCAAGUACCUGCAGAGCACCAUCUCCUUCAGAAUUGGGCCCGAGCUCUUCACCUGCUCCGGGAAGACCGUCCUCUCACCAGGCUUCACGGAGGUCAUGCCCUGGCAGAGCGUGCCCCUGGAGGAGAGCCUGCCCACUUGCCAGCGGGGCGACGCCUUCCCUGUGGGCGAGGUGAAGAUGCUGGAGAAGCAGACGAACCCGCCCGACUACCUGACGGAGGCCGAGCUCAUCACGCUCAUGGAGAAGCAUGGCAUCGGCACGGAUGCCAGCAUCCCUGUGCAUAUCAACAACAUCUGCCAGCGCAACUAUGUCACGGUGGAGAGCGGGCGCCGGCUCAAGCCCACCAACCUCGGCAUCGUCCUGGUGCAUGGCUACUAUAAGAUUGAUGCAGAGCUGGUGCUCCCCACCAUCCGCAGUGCAGUGGAGAAGCAGCUGAACCUGAUCGCCCAGGGCAAGGCCGACUACCGCCAGGUCCUGGGCCACACCCUGGACGUGUUCAAGAGGAAGUUCCACUACUUUGUCGACUCCAUUGCUGGCAUGGAUGAGUUGAUGGAGGUGUCUUUCUCGCCCCUGGCGGCCACAGGCAAGCCCCUCUCACGCUGUGGGAAGUGCCACCGCUUCAUGAAGUACAUCCAGGCCAAGCCAAGCCGCCUGCACUGCUCCCACUGCGAUGAGACCUACACGCUCCCCCAGAACGGCACCAUCAAGCUCUACAAGGAGCUCCGCUGCCCUCUGGAUGACUUCGAGCUGGUCCUGUGGUCAUCAGGCUCUCGGGGCAAGAGCUACCCACUGUGCCCCUACUGCUACAACCACCCACCCUUCCGAGACAUGAAGAAAGGCAUGGGCUGCAACGAGUGUACGCAUCCCUCCUGCCAGCACUCGCUGAGCAUGCUGGGCAUCGGCCAGUGCGUGGAAUGUGAGAGCGGGGUGCUGGUGCUGGACCCCACCUCGGGCCCCAAGUGGAAGGUGGCCUGCAACAAGUGCAACGUGGUAGCGCACUGCUUCGAGAACGCCCACCGCGUGCGAGUGUCCGCCGACACCUGCAGUGUCUGUGAGGCCGCCUUGCUUGAUGUGGACUUCAACAAGGCCAAGUCCCCACUCCCUGGCGAUGAGACGCAGCACAUGGGCUGCGUCUUUUGUGACCCCGUCUUCCAGGAGCUGGUGGAGCUGAAGCAUGCGGCCUCCUGCCACCCCAUGCACCGCGGUGGACCAGGGAGAAGGCAGGGUCGAGGGCGGGGCCGGGCCAGGAGGCCCCCUGGGAAGCCCAACCCCAGACGGCCCAAGGACAAGAUGUCAGCCCUGGCCGCCUACUUUGUAUGAUGGCCCUGUCCUCCCUCACCCAGGCUGCAGUGCCAUGCAGACACCUCAUGGCACUUCAAACUAUUAAAAUGCAUUUUAUCUUA